AUGUAUGCAGUGAUUACGAAGCUACGGAAAGACUCGAGGGUUCUGUUUCACCGGUUCAGAUUCACUUCACCAUCCGAUCUCCUGGGAAUAGAACGGAUAACAGCCACAGAACCAUCUUUACUGAAACUCGGUCUUGCUGACAUCAGAGACUUCCACGGAAUGCUCACAAGGAUUUAUCUAAUCACAUACGGGCAGCCACGGGUCGGAAACUUCGAAUAUGCCAUGACUCAUAGUGAGCUGGUUUCGAACAGUUGGCGAAUAGUUCAUAAGUACGAUCUGGUAAGUACAGUAAGGUUCAACUGUUCAUUUUGUCACUCAACUGUUUAUGGAGAGGAGAGUCUUGCUCACAGUACUAAUGGGGAUCAUUUCCAGCAGCUGAGCUAG